AUGGUUUCAGCUGUUCCAGUCGCCGGUCUAAGCCUCCAAGUCAACAAGAGGAGGAGGGGCGUAGUCGUAGGAUCGUUUGGGGCGUCGGUGCUGCCGGAUGAGCUGACGACGGAGGUGCUCCUGCAGCUGCCCGUCAAAUCCAUCCUGCGCUUCCGCGCCGUGUGCCGCUUCUGGGCCUCGGCGCUCUCCUCCGAGGAGUUCUGCAGCCUCCACAUGGCCAAGGUCGAGGCGGCGCCACCUAAGCUCAUAUUCAUCUCGCCGUCAGUGACAUUUGACUCCACAGGAGUGUACUCAAGCUCGUUCCCCACCGACUGCCCGCUGUUCACCCUCAACGACGUGUGUGGCGACUUUGCGGCCUUAACUCCUUCGCCAUGCCGUGGCCUCACCCUCUUGCACGACGAGUUGGCGCCAGCCUACUACGUAUUCAAUGCGGCCACACGGGCGGUCACCAGGCUGCCUCCUUGCCAGCAUGCCAUCUUCUCGACCACCGGUCUCGGUGCUCUCUGUAGACGGCCAAGAGCUGUUGUCUUAUCAUUUUCUCUCAACUAUGAGACCUUCGGCUGGGUCCCGUCACCACCUUUCGAGAUACCACGAAGAGGAGUGCACUUGGUGGAGCUUGGUGAACGCUUGUGUAUGGUUCGGGAUCUUCAUCCUCAAGACAAUAAUAUGUUGGAGAUUUGGAACUACAGCUCUAGUGAUUGGUCACUGCAGCAUAGCAUUGAUUUGUCGCACAACGUUGCAGGAGAUUUGAUCAGUAGCGCACAGGUUAUUAGAGUUAUUGGUUCUGUUCGCGAUUGUGGAUCAACGGACAAGGUAAUCUUGGCCACUUCCAAACACAAGAUGAUUACCUAUGACCCAUCGUCUGGGAUCCUGGAGGCCAUUGACGGUACAAGGGAAACUUCAUUAUAUGAAGCUGAUGAGCAAUCUGCUCCCAGAUUCAGUUUAUUCAAAGAGAGUCUUGCUCCGGUACACAAAACAAACCAAGAGACGGCAUUAUCGACUCCCCUAGCUAUGGCGAUCAAGGAGGUCCUGCUCCGGCUCCCGGGUGAUUAUGUCGCGCAGUUCAAACUUGUAUGUAAGCAGUGGCUUAGCUUAAUUGAGAGUGGAGGCUUCAUUCGCUCUUUCCAUGUGCACAACAAUGUGGAUAAGAGGCCAAAAGUAAUGUUUGUUGGCAAGGGAACUGGAGGAUUGGGUUUCAGCUUUGCUCCCUCUAAGAGAUUACUUCGCCAAGGCGCUUGGCUUGACAGAAAGGUGGUUUGCUCUAAGCCUUGCCAUGGUUUGAACCUGGUAAGUUGUGAGAUAGAGGACUAUCUAUACAAUCCUUGCACAAGUUAUCACCUGACCUACCCUGCUAUAGUGCCGCCACACCGAGUGCCCCGCCAUGUACUCGCAAUGAUGCAUGGCAAUGUUUGUACACCAGAAGAUCACACUUUUGCAGUUGGCAACAAGAAUUCUGGCCUGGGAUUCAACUUGUUGACACAGGAGCAUGUCGUCGUUCAGAUUUUCUAUCAUCUCAAGGACUUCAAAUCUCGUCAGUAUUUCUUGACAUGCUCAGUCAUUGACCUCACGUCGGCCCAAGACCACCAUGAACCGCCUCUGCCCUUAAAUGGCAUGCCACCGGCCUAUUUGUCAGGGGCUCUAUAUUGGAUGAGUGAGCCAAGGUUGGGCCAGAGUUAUGAGAGGGCCAUUGUCUCGUUGAACGUUGCAAACGAGAGGUUUGGUGUCAUCCCUUGCCCUUCAUCCAUUGCAAUGUGGAGCGACACAAGUCCUAAUCAAGCAUUUGUGGUCGAGCUAGAGGGAAUACUGUGUGUUGUCCUUGCAGAUCCAGUUGCACAAGAAAUAGAUAUUUGGAAGCUAGAGCAAGAUCAAUGCGACAGAGCAUAUAAAAUCUAUUUGGAAGGUUGUCCAGGCUAUUCCCCUGCGGAAAAUGUUGUGGUCCCGUUGAUUAUUGACCCCAAAGACGGGAGAAUCUUGCUCGACACAGGGAGGAAAAUGGGUCUUUAUGAUCCGGUGAGGCGCACAAUUGAGAACUUGUAUGAUCUUGACGAGGUGCUGCGUGUCACAUUGCUCUCCUAA